GACAGGAUGCACUGGGACACUCUGAUGCACUUGAGAGUGGAGCUCAGGGGGUUUGCACACACACCCACAUAGACAGACCUCUCUCUCCCUGUUCUCCACUUCUCUUGUCCUCUUCUUUCUUCUGUCCUCCACACACACUUCCACACACACACACACACACACUCAUACACAUCUACACACACACACACACCCUCAAAUCCAAGGAAACACCCAGACCCAGAACCAGACCCAGAAGACCCAGGUGCUUGGACGUACUGCUGGUCUGGUUUGGUCCGGUUCGGAUCGGUUCGGGAUGCAGGCUCUGCUGAGGGUGGCUGGGCAGCCAGUGGGGGUGCUGGGCCGGGCCAGAGGGGUCCUGCAGGAGCAACGCUCCGGCAUCUAUAGCAAGCCUCCAAAGAGCAAGAUCGGACCCGGGCAAAGCUUCUUCAUCAUGUCUGUGUUUGCCGUGGCCAUGCUGGCACCUGCGGGCUGGAUCCUGCACAACCUCCCAGAGUACCGCAAGAGACCCCGCCCAUAAGCUGGGGGGGCCCUGGAGGGCCUGCUCCGUCUCCCCCACCCUCCCCCAUCCUCUAACCAUGGCUGCCUCUCAGGCCUUAUUCACCUCCAUACACUACAUCACUGUGCUGUGUGUAGGGCUCUAAAUUAACUUUUUUCAUCACCAGCCAAAAUGGGUAGUAGAUGUUAAUCUUACUAUCCAAAGACACACUCACAAAUGGGUCAAAGUGGCUAGUAAGCUUUCUUUUGUACCAGCCAAACUCAAAUUUCACCAGCAUUUGGCCGGUUGGCUGGUGUUAAUUUAGAGCCCUGGCUGUGUGUACAUGCACCUUGUGUUGUGUUGUGAGCACCACUCUGGUGGAAAAUAAUGCAGAUCUUAAAGCUGGUACAAGUACAUGUAAGACAAAAAAAUAUAUUACAAGUAAUUGCUAAAUGGUUCUUAUACUGUAAGUCUUCUGUGAAAACCAAGAUAUUUGCAUUUUCAAAAUGAAUAUUCAGCCUGCAAUGUCUGUUUAGGUUUGAUGUUUUGUGUUUUACCUAAACCUUGCAGUAUUUUAUAUUUGAUGGCAAGUUGUGGCCUUAAUUUUACACAUAAAGCCUGGUAAGAAACCUCUUGAUUGACAUGACCAGGAAGAAGACAAUUACUACCUCCUCAUAAACACAAAGAAAGAUUGUUGCUCAGUAAAAAUACCAGUUAAUUCAACAUUUAGAGAGUCAAUUUAACAUCUUGUAGUGUGUAGUUGGGCCCAGAGUUCUAACUGCUGAAUUAAUAUAGCAUUUUUACUGUGGGUGCAUGAAAUUUGAAUAUAAGUUCCAUGUAGGCCUAAAUUAAUUCUGUGUGAGUGAAAGAGACGGUGCGGAGCGGUGGUAUGCUUAGGUGUUUAAGGCCUUGGAAAUGUGGCCCCUAUUGUCAAUGCAGCGCUUGAAUGCACUGACCCAUACAUUGUAUAAAACUACAAAUGCACUUUUACUUGUUAAUAAAUCUAAGCAUUGUGUGCAAA